UCCCGGCUGAUUUCUUCACGUUGGUUCAACAUUAACCCGGUGGGGUCAGGACCAGCCCGCAGAGUGCUGGAGCGGCCACACCAUGGCGCGCGUCCGAGGCCCGCGGCUGCCGGGCUGCCUGGCCCUGGCUGCCCUGUUGAGCCUCGUGCACAGCCAGCACGUGUUCCUGGCCCAUCAGCAAGCAUCCUCACUGCUCCAGAGGGCCCGCCGUGCCAACAAGGGCUUCCUGGAGGAGAUGCGGAAGGGCAACCUGGAGCGAGAGUGCCUGGAGGAGCCAUGCAGCCUCGAGGAGGCCUUCGAGGCCCUGGAGUCUAUCAGUGCCACGGAUGCAUUCUGGGCCAAGUACACAGCUUGUGAGUCGGCGAGAAAUCCUCGAGAAAAGCUCAAUGAAUGUCUGGAAGGAAACUGCGCUGAAGGUGUGGGGAUGAACUACCGAGGGAACGUGAGCGUCACCCGGUCAGGCAUCGAGUGCCAGCUGUGGAGAAGUCGCUACCCACAUAAGCCAGAAAUCAACUCUACCACCCACCCGGGGGCAGACCUGCGGGAGAAUUUUUGCCGCAACCCGGAUGGCAGCAUUACUGGGCCCUGGUGCUACACCACAUCCCCUACUCUGCGGAGAGAAGAGUGCAGUGUCCCCGUGUGUGGCCAGGACCGAGUCACAGUGGAGGUGAUCCCCCGGUCGGGAGGCUCCACCACCAAUCAGUCGCCUCUACUGGAAACGUGUGUCCCGGACCGCGGCAGGGAGUACCAGGGGCGGCUGGCGGUGACCACACGCGGGUCCCGCUGCCUUGCCUGGAGCAGCGAGCAGGCCAAGGCCCUGAGCAAGGACCAGGACUUCAACCCAGCCGUGCCCCUGGUGGAGAACUUCUGCCGCAACCCAGACGGAGACGAGGAGGGCGCCUGGUGCUACGUGGCCGACCAGCCUGGCGACUUUGAGUAUUGUGACCUGAACUACUGUGGGGAGCCGGUGGAUGGGGACCUGGGAGACAGGCUGGGUGAGGACCUGGACCCGGACGCGGCCAUCGAGGGACGCACGUCUGAGGACCAUUUCCAGCCCUUCUUCAACGAGAAGACCUUUGGCGCCGGGGAGGCCGACUGUGGCCUGCGACCCCUGUUCGAGAAGAAGAAGCUUCAGGACCAAACGGAGAAGGAGCUUUUCGAGUCCUACAUCGAGGGGCGCAUCGUGGAGGGUCAGGACGCGGAGGUUGGCCUCGCGCCCUGGCAGGUGAUGCUCUUUCGGAAGAGUCCCCAGGAGCUGCUCUGUGGGGCCAGCCUCAUCAGUGACCGCUGGGUCCUCACAGCUGCCCACUGUCUCCUGUACCCGCCUUGGGACAAGAACUUCACCGUGGAUGACCUGCUGGUGCGCAUCGGCAAGCACUCCCGCACCAGGUGCGGAGGGGCCCCCAGGUAUGAGCGGAAGGUUGAAAAGAUCUCCAUGCUGGACAAGAUCUACAUCCACCCCAGGUACAACUGGAAGGAGAAUCUGGACCGGGACAUCGCCCUGCUGAAGCUCAAGAGGCCCAUCGAGUUAUCCGAAUACAUCCACCCCGUGUGCCUGCCCGACAAGGAGACAGCAACCAAGCUGCUCCGCGCUGGGUUCAAAGGGCGGGUGACGGGCUGGGGCAACCGGAGGGAGACGUGGACCACCAGCGUUGCCGAGGUGCAGCCCAGCGUCCUCCAGGUGGUCAACCUGCCUCUCGUGGAGCGGCCGGUGUGCAAGGCCUCCACCCGGAUCCGCAUCACCGACAACAUGUUCUGUGCCGGUUACAAGCCUGGUGAAGGCAAACGAGGGGACGCUUGUGAGGGCGACAGCGGGGGACCCUUCGUCAUGAAGAGCCCCUCUAACAACCGCUGGUAUCAAAUGGGCAUCGUCUCGUGGGGUGAGGGCUGUGACAGGGAUGGAAAAUACGGCUUCUACACACACGUCUUCCGCCUGAAGAAGUGGAUACAGAAGGUCAUCGAUCGAUUAGGAAGUUAGGGAGCCACAUUCCAGGCUCCUCACUGCAAAAUCACAGAGGCCAAUCCAGUGAAAGAAUUAUUUUUGUGGUUUGUUCCUAAAACUAUCUUUCUCAAUAAAAGUGACUCUAUCAACGA